ACAGGUAAUCUGGUUGUGGUCACGAUUUGGCAGUAACAGACGUUUAACAUCUCAUGAUGGCUUUGAGCCUCUUCUGUUUCACCUUGUAUGCAUACUUUAUGGCUUCGUUUAGCCCCAUGUUGGGUUCUGCUGACUAUCAAUCGAUAAUACCUGCUGAACGAAUCUGUAAACCAGGUCCACAGCUGAAGGCAUCACUCGACAAGACGAACUGCCUUGUUAUCGGUGAUUCUAUAAGCAUCGGUUACACGCCAUGGGUUAUUAAAAUGUUAGGUGAUAACUAUCAAGUUCAGCACGCUCCUUGGGAUGUUACCGACGGAGGAGCCCUGGACUCCAAAUAUGGCUUGCAGUGUCUAGACAUGUUUCUGCAGACUUCCAUGUUGGAACCAACAACAUAUGACGUUAUCAUCUUCAAUUUUGGUAUGCAUGACAUAAACUUCAGCGGUAAAUACCCAGAGGAAUACGUCGAACCAGAUGAAUAUACUGAAAAUCUACGUUCUAUAGCCUCCAUACUGUUAUCAACUGGCGCGAAAGUUGGAUUCGUUCUCACAACACCCGUUCCCUUCAGUGUCACACUCAACAACCGAGUUAAACAAUACAACCGCUUAGCGGAUGCUGUUAUGAAAACAUUUCCAACAGUAGUGACCGCUGACCUGUAUACCUGGGUCACAGACGCCUGUGGAGAGCCACCUUACGAAAGCUGCAUCAUUGCUGCAGAACAGCCGAGCCCGCACUACACACAACCAGGAUAUGAGUAUUUAAGUAUAAGGGUCAAAGAUUUGAUUUUGGAUCUUGUUCGAGGGAUUGAUCAAAACGCCCACCAUUUUCGCCCGCAGCAAACAGCGAGAGGAAAUCCUGUUACUUGCGAGGACAAGUCUGGUAAAGUGGUGACAGUGUGUCCUUAUAAUAGCACGUGUUGUGAUUCACUGUUCUCUGUAACAGGAAAGGGCUGUUGCUUGCACAACCCAGAGGCCAUCCCGUGUAAUGACGGGAAGCACUGUUGUCCCGCAGGUUAUGAGUGCGAAUCCAGCUGCUCAGUUCACAGGUGUUCCUGUGUAAAGGCGCAAAUUAUUUACAUCAAAUGAACGCUGGUGCUUUACAAACCUCAUUUUUGAGGGGUCGUUCAUUCUUUCCUCUCGUUUUAAAAUGAAGCAAACGUGAACAGUUGCCACCUCGAAUAAUUUCCAUAAAAAAUGAAUCAAAUCCGAAAAAAAAUUGUCAAUCGAAGCUUAAAUAAAUAGAUUCGCUCGGAAAUAAAAUUACGAGCGGCACGGUUGAUUGGAUGUGGUUGUUUUUUGUAACAGAUCAAACUCAUUACUGAUUAUGUUGUUAAAUAAAGACUCUCU